AGUCGAAAAUUUGGUCUAUAAUUUUCUUUAAUGAGUCUACUAUGACCGGAAUCCCCGGAUAAAAACAACGCGAUCGAACACACUUCCAGAUUCUCUCGUACUUGCAGAGUUGCAGGCCAGCGAAGACGACGCUUAUUUCUUCUUUCUCUGUAGACUUCCGUGAGCUGGAUUUCAUACUCGCGUCGAAUAUCUAACUCGGCGAAUCCGAUCCCGGGUUUUCCUUGAUUUCUUGACAAGUUUUGUUUGCAGAAAUGUCCAAAGCUGAGCUGCGUUGGUAGUUUACUUUCCACUAUAUGAUGGAUCAUCAGAACAACUCGACUUUAAGGACAUACAUGGCCAUCAUGGCCGAGAGGGAUGCCGCCAUCCUAGAGCGCAACCUGGCCAUAGAUGAAAGGAAGAGAGCUUUAGCAGAGCGUGACAUGGCAAUGCUACAGAGAGAUGCAGCAAUCUCUGAGCGCAACUCCGCCAUACAGGAACGCAACGAGGCCAUAUCUGCCUUUCAAUUCCGGGAGAUGAUCCCUUCAACCGAAGUAGAAGAUCAAAAAAACAUUCUUCUUCAUCCUCAAAUGGUCUCCACCUCUGCUGAACCCUUCAACAUGACGACAACAAACCCUGCUCCUGAAACAGAUAAUCCCAGGAAGCUAAGGCUGCAACCAAACGAAAGCAAACCGGAAAAGCCAUCAAAGUUGCAGAGGGUGGUGAUUAAGGGUGAGAGUUUAGUGGAUUGGCAGGCAGUUUCCACGUUCGGAGACUGGGAGGAUGAUGAUGAGGACCGAAUGGGCCCCGAUGAUGAAGAAGAGGAAGACGAACAACAAGAUGACAAGCACCUCCUAGAUACGUGGGACUCCGCAAAUGUGUCUGGGAUGCCGGUUCCGGUAUGUUCAUGUACUGGAACACCGCAGCCGUGUUACAAAUGGGGAAAUGGAGGGUGGCAGUCAGCUUGCUGCACGACCACCAUAUCAAUGUACCCUUUACCUCAGGCUGCACAUAAGCGCUACUCUAGAGUUGGGGGGAGGAAGAUGAGUGGAAGUGCAUUCAGUAAAUUGGUCAGCCGCCUCACAGCUGAAGGGUGGGACCUGUCUGCACCACUUGACCUGAAGGACCAUUGGGCUAAACAUGGGACUAAUCGGUAUAGUUCAGUAAAAUAGUAUUAGCAUAUUGAAAAAAGAUAGUUUUCCUGCUUUGUCUUCUUUAGAUCUUGAUGACUGAUUAUUAUGAUCUACAUUCUUGUUGUGAAAGAAAGAAUUAAUGAACUUCUUGCACAAAGAUUGGUCUUUAACUCUGCGUUUACUGUCGCAUGAUUGUCUCAAGAGGUAUCAUUUAAAGUUUGCUUUUAAC